AUGGACCCUACUCUUUCGAGCGACGCCGUCGCCAUUGCAGAGGGUGGCGGCACCUCGCCGGCUGCGAGGCUCUUGACGUCCGGCGUCGGUGCUCGCCCGCUGACCCUUCCCAGCAGCUGGACGGCCAAACAUGUGAGACUCGCCAGCUUGCCCUACGAACCUGUCUGCACCGAAAACUUGACCCCGUGGCUGAAACUGCUGCCCUGUGGCCGACACAGAGGCCUAGCCGCGCUCCUUGCGUCGCUGGUGCUUCCGGCAGCAGAGGCUCCCUUGCUGUCCUUGUCCUUGGUCACCACCCGUGACGAGUUGUCGACAGUCAUCUCGGCGUCGUUGGAUGUGGUACUGCCCAGCUCUAGCGAGGACAGAGCGGCCAGCUUGCCAGACUGGCUGAAGAGCUUCACAGAGCGCCAAGUUGACCACUGUCCUGCAGCCGCUUCGUCUGAGAUUGCCUUGUGGUCGCCUGGAGACGUGCCGGAGAUCAUCCAGAGGUUAGCAGAGUCGCGGGUGCAGCCCGCAGGGCCCGGAUUUCGUGGGCAGGUGUCAGUCUUCCCAACGAGAGUGCUGAGCCAAGUGGAGAACAUGGCUCAGCUUUUCAUGGGUUUUCCAGAGGAAGCCCGCACCACGAGCAAGGGCUUACGAGUCAUGCGCGACAUGCUCUCACAGGAAGGCCGCAGUGAGCGAACACAUGGCCGCUACCUACUGCGAUUGAGCAAUCAUGGAACGGGUCGCCACGUCCGUUUCCUGGACCAGCUCCCGUUCUUCAUCAGGCCUCUAUGGCACACGAUCCGUGCGGUGUGGCGUAGCGACAACUCCGACGAGGUUUUGGAGCUUGCUGGGGCAGAUGCCUUGAGACACCUCGCGUUGACGUUCACAGCAUCGGACGGCUUGCGGUCACCGACCGACCUUUCCCUUACUGUUGACCUUUCACCUGGAAGCUCCGUGAGCGUUUUCCUGGAUGUCCUGAAGAACUUCAUCCCCUUUCGCGAGUUUUCCUAUGCUUGCGAGAAGGGCUUUGAUGUUGCUGGCGCGGUGUGGCUGGAUGCGGACCUUGACGUCGCUGGUUCAGGAGCUGUCGGCUCAAACAUCAUCGCACCCUUGGGUCCGUCCCUAGGGCAAGAGGCUCAACCUGGGAGGAAUUGGAGGCUGCAUUUCACCGAGGGUAUGCUGGUGAUGGUACCGAUGCCGGAUUUCAGCAUGCCGUUCAAUGUCAUCGCCCUUUCCUCAACUGCAGUGACCUUCUUCUUUGGCUCCGUCUUCCGCAUCACGGCAGCGGGCCGGCAGGCCCACUGGUGCACGGAGAGUGGGAGCAAGAAGCGUGCCCUACACCCCGUGCAGGUGCUAAUCCUCUGUAUCAUUGCAGGGGCCGUUGCCCUGAAUGCCGUGACCCCGGAGCAGCUUGCGCAGUUUCGGGCCGUGCUGCCCGAGGCUGGUGGUUAUGGGCCUGAGUUUUUCGGCUACGUGGUCGCGGCCAAGGACAAGGUGGACAGCAUCCUCUCCAAGCGCUGA